CAAUCAUCCACCCACCCACUCACCCACUCACUUCCUUCCUUCCUCCUCGACCUCCCUCAUACGUCCUUGGCAUUGACGGUUCCUUUAUCUGCCUCACAAUUGUCGCAUUUAUCCCUCCCGCUUUUACUUUCCAAUUCAAUCGCACGCGUUUGGCCCAGGGGCCCUCGACAACAGUACCCAUGUCCGGCGCAAGGCAUUGGGAGCAGGAUAAAGAGGCUACCGUCUACAUUGGAAACCUCGAUGAACGGGUCACAGAUAGCCUGGUAUGGGAGCUGAUGCUUCAGGCCGGGCGCAUCGUUAACGUUCAUCUGCCGAAAGAUCGAGUCACACAGUCACAUCAAGGCUACGGCUUUGUGGAAUUCAUCAGCGAAGAGGAUGCGGAAUAUGCAUCGCGGAUCAUGAACGGCAUCCGCCUGUAUGGAAAACCUAUCCGUGUUAAUAAGGCAUCCGCCGACAAGCAGAAGUCUGUGGAAAUCGGAGCGGAAUUGUUCGUUGGAAACCUCGAUCCUAUGGUUACGGAACAGGUUCUUUAUGAUACAUUCAGCCGCUUUGGCAAUCUGAUCAAUUUACCAAAGGUCGCACGAGAUGAUAAUAAUUUGUCAAAGGGCUAUGGGUUUGUGUCGUUCGCCGACUUUGAAUCUUCAGACGCUGCCAUAACCAACAUGAACGGCCAGUAUCUCAUGAAUAAACAGGUCUCUGUACAAUACGCGUACAAGAAAGAUGGAAAGGGCGAACGACAUGGUGAUGAGGCAGAACGCAUGCUGGCUGCACAAGCUCGUAAGCAUAACGUGCAUCUGCCAACUCAACCUCUACCUCCGCAAUUUUCGAAUCCAGGGACUCCCAUGGUACCAGCCGCGAUGGCCACCAGUGACAACUCUCGGCCGAUGAGCACCAAUCCGUCGGAGCUAGGCAUGGGAAGAGGCAUGGCUACCCCUAAUGUUGGCUACCAAAACGUACCCCACCCGCAGCCAAGUCGACCCAUUCCGUCUCCCACGCCUCUGGUAAACCCGCCUCCUGGUCUACCCGCUCGACCGCCGCCCUCACAGGCAGGGUAUGGGGGUCCACAGACAUUCCUUCCCCCAGGGUUCAAUGGCGCUGGUCAGCAACCUCCCUUUCCAUCUCAAGCAGCACCUCCGCCAGGAUUUGCUCCGCCAGGUUUCGGCCCACCUACAGGGGCUGGUGGGCCUCCGCCUUCUCUACCACCGGGAUUUCAACAGCCCGGGUAUGGUCGCGGGCGCUGAGCACUCCAGGCCGGAUGCGUUGACAUGACUAGAAGACGUGGUACUCUUCCUCAUCCAUGACUUGGUUUGUAGGAUAACUUCCUGAACACGAUGUGACCGCCAGCAGCCGAGUUGUUGCCAGGGCCCGAAACAAAUAAUAUGCCCCCAAACUAGGUAUCAAGAAGGCCGAAAGCACCUGAGGACAUAAUUGUUUGACCGAUGGGCAAGGUUAAAAUACUGGUCCAAGCUCUAAAUUCGGAAAGGGAAGAGAGAUGUACGAUCGAGACCCAAUUCUUACCUCAUUUACACUCCUCACGAGCUUCUAAGCGCCAUAUCAUAUUAUUGUGAAUCUAGCGUGAC